AUGCCGCCCUCACAGCUCAAGCAACUGAAAGCCUCGCUGCGAGAGACUGGAGUUCUCGGGCGUCAGCAGUCGAAGAAGCAGAAGCGCCAGAACGCCAAAUCUGGGGUGGGAGCGCAAAAUCGAAAUCAGCGGAACGCCGCAUUGCAAGCAAUUCGAGACCGAUUUAACCCGUUCGAGAUCAGACCGACCGCCACGAGGAGCAAGUUCGAGACUACUACCCGCGAUGAUGCUAAAUCUACAAAGGCGACCGGACGUCGUCCCGGUGUCACAAAGUCAUUGGGAGAGGAGAGGCGACGGGCGACACUACUCCAGGAGAUGAACAGUCGAAACAAAGUCGGCGGACUUGUCGAUCGCCGUUUUGGUGAAAAUGAUCCGACUAUGACGCCUGAAGAGCGCGCCGCUGAACGAUUCGCAAGAGAAAGUCAAAGGAAAAUGCGCAAGGAAUCAAUGUUCAACCUGGAGGAGGAUGAAGAAGAGUUCCAAUUGACCCAUAUGGGCCAGUCUCUGACUUUGGAUGGAACCGCUGUGGAUGACUUUGACGGCGGUGACCUGGGCGGAGCCGAAUCUGACGAUGACGAAGCGCCGCGGAAAAGAAAACGUGUCGGUGAAGAUGACGGGGAUGACGAAGACUUUAUCGAUUUCGGGGAAGAUGGCGAGGCUCAACCCGAACGCAAGAAGUCCAAGGCUGAGGUCAUGAAGGAGGUCAUCGCGAAAUCCAAGUUCCACAAGGCCGAGCGACAACAGGCAAAAGAGGACGACGAUGACCUCCGGGAGGAGCUGGACAAGGAGUUACCAGACCUUUUCGCUGCGUUGCGCGGAAUUAAGGCACCGGCCAAACCCGAGCCGCCCAAGCAGGAUUUGGACACCAUGAACCCAGAGCGCGCAGCCAUGCUUCGUGAGCCCGAAGGCAAGGACUCGGAAAAGGAGUACGAUCAGCGACUCAAGCAGUUGACCUUCGAUAAGCGGUCGAAGCCAACUGACCGAACAAAGACGGAGGAAGAGAAGAUCGAGGAAGAGGCUCAGCGACUAAAGAAGCUGGAGGAAGAUCGUCAACGCCGGAUGCGUGGUGAGCAGCUCAGCGAUGAAGAGGAGGAACAGGAGAGCGACAAAGACUCCUUCUUCCAGGGCGAGGAGGAUGAGGAGUCCGAAGUGGACGAUGCCGCUGCUUUCGGGUUGCACACACAAUCAUACGAACCUCGACCAGAGCUUGCGGUCGAAGACGAAGAUGAUUUUGUUAUCGAUGAUGAUCUCGUUGAGACACGUUCGAAUGUCAGCCUUUCAGUAGAUGAAAGCGAUAUGGAAGAGAAGGAAGUGUCAGGCGAAGAAGACGGUGAAGAGUCUGAGGAGGAAGACGAGCUGAUCAACGGAAUGACACUGCCCACUGCUGGUAGCGCCACCGCAUCAACAGCAGUGCAAGUCAACCAGACCGCUGAUGGUAAAUUGGCUUUCACCUAUCCUUGCCCGGAAAACCACGAAGAGUUCCUCGAGAUUAUUGAGAACGUGUCUGGGCAGGAUCUACCAACCGUGAUUCAGCGCAUUCGUGCUUUACACCAUCCUCGUCUUCACCCUGACAACAAGGCCAAGCUCGGCCGAUUUGCCGAGAUUCUUGUCGAACAUGUGGCCUACAUGGCAAAUGAACUCGCUGAGCCUUCAUUCUCAAUUAUUGAGAACAUCCUGCGCCACGUUCACUCUCUCGCCAAGACUCAUCCGAUCAACGUCGCAAUGGCUUUCCGUGCUCGUCUUCGCGAGAUUUCAGAAGACCGUCCUCUCAGUCUUCUUCCCGGGGAUCUGGUGGUGUUGACAGGUGUAUCUACAGUGUUCCCGACUUCUGAUCAUUUCCACUCCGUGACCACACCUGCGCACCUUUGCCUUGCCCGAUUCCUCGGUCAGUGCUCACUCAAUGGCGUGAGCGACUUUGUGACUGGAGCAUUUGCCAGUAGCUUAUGCCUGCAGUACCAAAGCGUUGCUAAGCGAUACAUGCCUGAGUUCAUCAACUUUACCCUCAAUGCUCUUUGCAAUCUGGCUCCUUUGGAUAUGCCCGCCAAGCACCUCGCCUUCCCUCUCCGCAAAGCUCACCAAUCAGUCAAGCUUGCACCCAUCAAGAAGGUGAUGUCUCGCAAGCUUCAAUUCCGUGACGUGAAGACCGUUCCCUCCGACGCUCAGGCGCAAGAGGAUCUCAAGUUCUCCCUCAUCACUCUAUAUGUUUCUCUGCUUGAUACCGCUUCAGAUCUCUGGGCCGACAUGUCCGCGUUCAUUGAGAUCUUUACUCCCGUUCACUCGGUUCUGACCCACAUCCGACAAUGUUUCAAAAACAAACUCUUCGCUGCUGGCCGUGAUCAUGUUCAAGCAACGAUAGACAAGAUUGACAGCCAUCUGGCCCAAUCACGCCUUGCCCGCCGUCCGCUGCUGCUUCACAAUCACCGGCCACUGGCCAUCAAAUCCGCCAUUCCCAAGUUCGAGGAAAACUUCAACCCCGACAAGCACUACGACCCAGAUCGCGAGCGUGCGGAGAACAACCGUCUCAAGGCCGAGUACAAGCGCGAGAAGAAGGGUGCCAUGCGGGAGCUGCGCAAGGACGCCAGCUUCAUCGCUCGCGAGAAGCUGCGCGAGAAGAAGGAGCGCGAUGCCGAGUACGAGAAGAAGUACAAGCGUCUUAUUGCCGAGAUUCAGAGCGAAGAGGGUCGUGCGGCCAACGAGUACGAACGGGAGAAGAGAGGACGUGCCGGCAAGCGCUAG